GAAGCUAGCUACCACGCAGGAAGAAAACCACCUCCACCGCUCCUCCUCCUCCUCCGCCGCUCUCCCGCCGCUGUUCCCGCGCGGGAAAAAAACAACCGCCCUCCCCCCCAAAACCGUUACCAACAGAUACGCAAUCACCUGUUCACACCUGUACGUUCCUGUGUCCGUUUCUAACAAACUCGUUCUUCUGGGGCCCCAUUUUCGGUUCUCUCGUUUUGUCUCAUUGCCGGCCGUUAUUCGCGCACGUGCUCCGCAUCGUCUGCAGAGAGAGGGAGAUAUAGGUAUAUAGAUAUAUGCGAUGGCUUCUUCCUCGUCGCAAUACGGUGGAAAUGGAAGUGGAGGUAGGAGGGGGAGAGGGAGAGGGAGAGGGAGAGGAAGAGGAAGAGGCGGCGAUUUCGAAGGACCGUCGUCGUCUCGCCGGCGCUCCGGCGACGGGGUUUGGCCGGAGCCUUUCGUCGAAGCUCUCGCUGUCCAGGUCGCCAUUGAUGCUUCUCGUUCUGUCAACCGCCUCGCCGCCGCCCCCGCCCUCUUCAACCUCUUCCAGGUUUGUUCCAGGUGGCAAGCCGUAUCGCGAUCCGACCCCCUAUGGCGGGAACUCACGCGCCGCAUCUGGAACCGCCGCCUUCGCCUCCUUCACAACCCGACGUGGCGCGACGAGUUCAUCUUCCGCCACCGCACCGCCCACAACUUCCGCACCCGGCGGUACGUCUACACAGCCCUCCCUUUUAUCCCCCCGGACGGCGACGGACAUGACGGCGACGAAGACAAUGUCCUCUUGUGCCGCCGCCUCGCCCUCUCCGACCACCACCUGGCCGCUGGAUUCUCCGACGGCUCCGUCCGCCUGUUCCACCUCCCUUCCAGGACUCACCUGUUGACCUUACGGCCGCAACACCUCAACCACCUUGGAAGGUUUUCACGGGCCGUGUCUGGGAUUAUUUUGUCCGACGCGCAGGUAAUAUUUGCUUCUCACGAUGGGGAUAUCCACGUGGCAAUGGUUAACAACGUGGCGCCGGUGCGGAGGGCACACUUGGGUGCGGUGGUGAAUGACGGUGCCUUGGUCGAUUUCAGCGGCUGUAGCCAGUGGUGGGUCGGCCUAUAUGCAGGGGUACCAGGCCGUGCCUUCCACGUGUGGAACGGACUCACCGAAGAGCUCGUGUUCGUCGGGGGCACACUCACGGACCCAGAAGCCGUAACGGGUUGGCACCUCCUCACCGAUCUAACCGAUGAAAUCGCCCGAGUCAGGGUCCCCACGCACGACUCAGCUGUCGCGUGCACGAGCCUCCGGGUCAUCGUCCUUGACCUAACCAACCACGGCAUUAUCCUCGGCGAUGAGGAAUUCCGCCGGGGGCUCAUUGUCGGGUCCGUCGACGCCAGUGACUCCGCGUUCGUUGCCGUCGACGCGCGGGGCCUUGCUAGCGUGCGCCGGGUGGGCACGUUGGAGGAGAUAUGCCGGUUCACGGUGAGGGGCGCGACGCAAAGGGCUGUUUUGGGGUGCAUGAAUUCGGGGUACGCGAUAAUGUGCGCCGGGGGCGUGUUUAGGGUUUGGGAGGUGGAGCACGGGGAGUAUUUGUAUAGUUUUAGAGAGAGAGUAGGGGAGGUGACCGCGGUGGCGGCCGACGAGAGGUAUGUGGUAGCAUGUAGCAGUGAUACGUCUGUGCAUCUGUGGGACUUUGGAGCACAAUAAUAUAGGUGUAGCUGUUAUACUUUCAGGCUAUAUUCAAGGUUAGGGCAUAGUAAUUUUUUGGAGAGAGGGGGGGAGAGAGAGGAUAUCAUGGUAUAGAGGGCACUAACGGAAGAUUGUAUUCAAUUUGGGCACAAAUCAAAAAUGUGUCGAAAAUUGUUUGAUGUAUUAGUUCACGUGACAUAGAAUCCGUAUUUGAA